AAGAAGCUUGAAGCGUGUAACCGAAAAGAUCGAACUUUGUGGAACUCAACUAAUUUCGAAAAUUCUCCUGCUCACGUAACCUCCCAAUCCAUGGCCGCUGUGAACAGUAUCGCCGGCCAUAAACCUUCAUCAAUUUUCAAACCCAUCAUCGGAUUCCAAAAGUUCCCCGAUUUCUCUCCAGUUCUUCUCUCAACUUCUCUCUGUUACAAAACCAACUCAAACCCAUUAAAGCUCAGGAACAAUAACAGAAGAACUUGGGUCAUCGAAUCAGUGGCAGAGGACGAAGAAUUGGCUUCACCCAAGACUAACCAUUCCGAUGAAGCUACGAAACCUUUCCUCCCACAUGGGUCCAAAAUUUUGAAGGAGUUGAGAGGUGGCGAUGAUGAUGUCAAGAAGAUGAGCAGUAGAGCGAUCAAUGCCUCUAUUGUUCUUGGAUUCGGUACACUUGCUGUAUCUAAGUUGCUCACAAUUGAUCACGAUUACUGGCAUGGAUGGACACUUUAUGAGGUACUCCGAUAUGUUCCAGAGCAUAAUUGGAUUGCAUACGAACAAGCUCUUAAAGCCAAUCCAGUGAUAGCGAAAAUGGCAAUAAGUGGGAUAGUCUAUUCAAUUGGCGAUUGGAUUGCACAGUGUUAUGAAGGAAAGCCUCUUUUUGACUUUGAUCUGACACGCAUGUUCAGAUCCGGCCUUGUUGGAUUUACUCUCCAUGGAUCCCUUUCGCAUUAUUAUUACCAAUUCUGUGAGGAUCUGUUUCCUUUCGAUGACUGGUGGGUGGUUCCAGCGAAAGUUAUCUUUGACCAAACAGUUUGGGCUUCAAUCUGGAACAGUAUCUACUUUGUGGUGUUGGGAUUCUUGCGUUUUGAAUCCUCUGAUAAUAUCUAUAAAGAACUGAAGGCAACAUUCUGGCCUAUGCUGACUGCAGGUUGGAAACUUUGGCCAUUUGCUCAUUUGAUUACCUAUGGUGUGAUACCUGUUGAGCAAAGGCUUCUUUGGGUUGAUUGUGUGGAGCUUAUCUGGGUAACGAUAUUGUCAACUUAUUGUAACGAGAAAUCAGAAGCACAUACAACUGAAAAUGCAGACUCUAGUUCAUCGAGCAAUCCUCCCAAGGGAUAAACGAAACCUCGAUUGUGGCUCGAUUGCAAAGAGGGAUGAGAAGCAUCAUUUUGACAACUAAGAGGAUUACUCAUGAUGAAAGAGUAAUCUAAAGCUCCCUACCAAGGAAUUUUCACCGAUUUACAACAUUUUUUUUAUACCUCCCUAUCAUACAUAAUAGACAUCUAAAAGGAUUACUUAUGGUGACGAGGCUUAGCUAAGAUAUACUGUAAAUUGUAUAAAGGGUAGUUUAGUAACAUGGACCUACGAAGAUUCUACCCUUUCCCUUCUAUUUACUAAAUGUAAUGUACAAUCAACAAUGUACAUGUUAAUUUGGCAUUAAAGUUGAGGUAAUCAUUGGAUCAUUA